AUGCUCGGCCAGCAGACGUUGAGUGUGCCGCCCGGCGGCCGCCGUCCGCUCCUUCUCUCGGGCCACGAGCGUGCGCUCAACCAGAUCAAGUUCAACCGCGAGGGCGACCUGCUCUUCUCCUGCAGCAAGGACAACGUCGUCAAUGUGUGGUACUCGCACAACGGCGAGCGCCUCGGCACGUACGAGGGCAACAACGGCAGUGUCUGGAGCAUCGACCCGGACCACACGUCGUCGCUGCUCAUCACGGGCUCCGCGGCGAACCAGAUGAAGCUGUACGAGGUGGCGUCGGGCAAGUGCAUCUUCACGUGGGAGUUCGACACGGCCGUCAAGCGCGUCGCCUUCUCCGAGGACGGCACGCAGGUGCUGGCCAUCACCGAGCAGCGCAUGGGCUUCCGCGGCACGCUGCAGGUCUUCCGCAUCAACCGCGACCCGGCGUCGUGGACGACGCAGAGCCGCGAGCCGCUGCGCGUCAUUACCUUCUCGGGCCCCAAGGCCACUGUCGCUGCCUGGGCACCGGCGGACCAGUACAUCGUCACGGGCCACGACAACGGCAAGGUGGCGCUCUACUACCACGACGAGAAGGAGCCGGAGAGCGGUGUCGACGCUGAGCUGGAGGAGAACAGCGUCAUGGCCCACCCCGACCACAUUGUCACGGACCUGCAGAUGAGCGCAGACAAGACGUACUGCAUCACCAGCUCGAAGGACAAGACGAGCAAGCUCAUCGACACAAAAUCGCUCUCGAUUCUCAAGACGUACACCACCGCCACGCCUCUGAACAGCGCCGCCAUCCACCCGACGCGGCCAUACGUCAUCAUUGGCGGCGGCCAGGAUGCCAUGAACGUCACGACGACGUCGGCACGGCAGGGCCGCUUCGAGGCGCGCUUCUGGCACAAGGUGUUCGAGGAGGAGUGCUCGACGAUCGGACAACAUUUCGGCCCCAUCCACUCCAUCAUUGUGCACCCCAGCGGCAAGUGCUUUGCCAGCGGCGGCGAGGACGGCUACGUCCGCGUCAACUGGUUUGACCAGAGCUUCUUCAACGUCAAGCCGUACGGCCCGCAACUGGAGCUUGCCGCGGAGGACAUCUGAGGGGUGGCUGGUUGCUGAUGCUCAAUGUACAUGGCGUCUCUGAUUGGGGUGUCGUUCCCACACAGGCCCGUCAACCGAAGUUUGCCGAAACCUUGCAAGAACCGCCCAGGUUCGUGGGUUUAUGCACAAACUGUAGGUCUUCACUACGAGCCAGCGGCGGCACGCGUGCCUCGCCCCGUGUGGGGUGCAGGCGCCGCUAUGCUCUCCGACUCUGCUCUGCGCAGCCUCCAGGCCCCUGUGUUGUACGCCAGCUCGUGCAUGCCCGCAGCUCGGAUGUUGAGCGCGCCCAGCACGU